GCUUCUCCCCCCCCCCCCGCUCCUGUCACCCUGCUUUUCCGAUUGUCUCCACUUGUUUGCAGCUCCCGAGAAUACUCCAGGCUGGCCGCCCCUGUCUGCCCCCUCCUUCCCUCGCCCCCGUUCCUGCCUCUCCCUGUUAUGUUUCCUGGCCUGGCCGAGGCCUCCCCUCCUGAAAGCAUCGCUAGAUGCGUUUCUGUUUCUCCUGUGUCCUGAUACUCCCUCGCCUCCCCUUUCAUCUCCAUCUCCCGGUUUCCCCCUUUUACCAAGGCUGAGAUGCUAAGCCUGUUUCCCAGGAAAUAAGUUCUUUUCAGCUCAUUUGGACUUACUUCUGGAGAAAAUGAAGCGACGAGCAGAACCUGAAUAUAGCAGUCCCCUAAUGAGGCAGAAGAAAAGGAUCGAAGAGUUGGGUCUGACCCUCAGCUCCACAUCAGAUGAUGAAACGCAACUUGGUAAUCAUGGAGCUCAAGAGUCUUCCACCACAAGCAGCAGCGAAUCUGACGGCGAGAUCAGUGAGAGGCGGCCUGUCCUCGGCUCUUUCAGCAAUAAGUUCAGCGCAGACUCCCUUGUACAGGGCACAUCUUCCCGAUACUCCAUGUAUAACAGCGUGUCCCAGAAGCUCAUGGCCAAAAUGGGUUUUCGAGAAGGUGAAGGUCUUGGAAAAUAUGGCCAGGGGAGACAAGAGAUCGUUGAGGCCUCCAAACAGAAAGGAAGACGAGGUCUGGGGCUGACUCUGAAAGGAUUUGAUGGAGACGUCAACAUCAACUGGAAGGAUGAGCCAGAGGCUAGCGCUUAUGAGCAAGUGGACUGGUUCCCAGAAUGUACCACUGAAAUUCCAGAUGCUGAGGAAAUGAAGGAUUGGAUGACUAUAGGCAAGAAAAAACUGGUGAUUGAUGAUGAAACACAUUUCUGUGGAGAAGAACUCCUACAGAAUAUGCUUCAGUGCAAGAGUGUGUUUGAUGAGCUGGAUGGAGAGGAAAUGCGCAGAGCUCGUACAAGGUCCAACCCCUAUGAGAUGAUCCGUGGAGUCUUCUUCCUAAACAGAGCAGCAAUGAAGAUGGCAAACCUAGACUACGUCUUUGACCACAUGUUUACAAACCCAAAGGAUUCUCGAGGGAAACCUCUAAUCAAAGAUCGUGAUGCAGAGCUCCUGUACUUUGCUGAUGUAUGUGCUGGCCCUGGGGGCUUCUCAGAGUAUGUCCUCUGGAGGAAGAAGUGGCAUGCAAAAGGUUUUGGCAUGACCUUAAAAGGACCAAAUGAUUUCAAAUUGGAGGAUUUCUUUGCUGCUUCUAGUGAGCUCUUCGAGCCUUACUAUGGUGAAGAAGGAAUUGAGGGAGAUGGAGACAUCACCCGUCCCGAGAACAUCACUGCCUUCCAGAAUUUUGUGCUGGACAAUACAGAUCGCAAGGGGGUACAUUUCUUGAUGGCUGAUGGGGGUUUCUCUGUUGAGGGUCAGGAAAACAUCCAAGAGAUUCUAAGCAAGCAGCUGACUCUUUGCCAGUUCCUCACAGCACUCUCUGUCAUACGAACAGGAGGGCACUUUGUCUGCAAAACCUUUGAUCUGUUCACGCCAUUCAGUGUUGGCCUCGUAUACUUGCUCUACUGCUGCUUUGAGCGUGUGUCAAUCUUCAAACCUGUGACGAGUCGCCCUGCCAAUUCUGAAAGGUAUGUAGUAUGCCGAGGAUUGAAGUCUGGAAUUGAUGAUGUGAGAGACUAUCUUUUCUCGGUGAACAUCAAACUCAAUCAGCUACGCAACACAGACCAGGAUGUAAACCUUGUUGUCCCUUUGGAAGUAAUCAAUGGUGACCAUGAUUUCCAUGAUUAUAUAAUCCGAUCAAAUGAAAGACUCUGCGCUGUUCAGAUCAAAGCACUGGCCAAAAUCCGUGCCUUUGUUCAAGACACGACCUUGAAUGAACCACGGCAGGCUGACAUCCGAAAGGAAUGCCUCCGACUCUGGGAGAUUCCAGACCAGGCCCGAGUUGCUCCAUCCUCUUCUGAUCCCAAGUCCAAGUUCUUUGAGCUAAUCCAGGGUGCUGACAUGGAGAUCUUCAGUUACAAACCAACACCUCUCAACUCAAAAACCUUGGAGAAAAUCCGACCUGUGCUGGAUUACAGGUGCAUGGUGUCGGGAAGUGAGCAGAAGUUCCUUCUAGCACUAGGGAAGUCUCAGAUAUACACUUGGGCUGGUCGCACAUCAGAUCGCUGGACCAAGCUGGACUUGAAAACAGAAUUACCACGGGACACACUUCUGUCUGUGGAGAUAGUUCAUGAGCUGAAAGGAGAGGGAAAAGCACAGCGAAAAAUUAAUGCCAUCCACAUCCUGGAUGCCCUGGUGAUAAAUGGUAGUGAUGUCCGAGAACAACAUUUCAAUCAACGAAUUCAGCUAGCAGAGAAAUUUGUAAAAGCCGUCUCUAAACCUAGCCGGCCAGAUAUGAACCCCAUCCGAGUGAAGGAGGUAUACAGGCUAGAGGAUAUGGAAAAGAUUUUUCUAAGGUUAGAGAUGAAGAUCAUCAAGAGCUCAGGCGGAACCCCACGGCUGUCCUACACUGGCCGUGACGACAGACACUUUGUUCCCACGGGAUUGUACAUCGUUCGGACUGUCAGUGAUCCGUGGACCAUGGCAGUUAGCAAAAAUUCUAAUAGGAAAUUUUUCUACAACAAGACAACACAUAAAUCAACGUAUGAACUGCCUCAAGAAUCUGUUGCACCAUUUCAAAUUUGCUACUUCAGUCGCCUCUUCUGGGAGUGGGGGGAAGGUGUCAGAGUGCACGACUCUCAAAAAAGGGACAAUUCGGAGAAGCUAUCCAAAGACGCUGUCUUAUCCUUCAUCAGACUCCACUCGCCCUACGACCAGCUCCUCACGCGAUCCUGGGGGACAGGAAAUGAGCCUGGGUUGGAAUCUUCAGCAGCUGAUUAGAAUCAAGUUUCUUCCGGCUGCUUGCAGUGAGCCACGGAGGAAAACUAUGGUCAAGGAAGCCUGGUCGGGUAGUAGGGGAAUCAGUGCAAAACAAAUGGGAAAUGGCUUCCAACUGCAAACUAACUCUGUACAUAAAUAUCUGCUCCGGGCAGUUUAUCCUGCAAGUACCACAGAGGUAAGAUUCCUGGAGCAGAGGACAUUCUUCCAGGUUGAUCCCCACCAUCUCUUUCUAGGGCUUUCCCCACCUGUGCAACGACCACCUGGCCUCCAUGUAGCAGAUGGCACAGCUAGCAAGAGGAUGCGCACAGCUCCUCUGUUGUGCUUGUAAGAGUGGGAGACAAUGUAGCUGGAGGGAAGAGCGGGUUUUUAAAGGCCUCAAUUUGUCCUUUUUGGUGCCUCUCUGCUUUAGGAGCCUGGUGUGAAUUCACUGGGAAGUUUGGCUCUUGCAGCACUUACCUCCUUGGGCUUGUGGCUCAUGCCUAGGGAGUUCUGGGCGCUCGAGGGGUGAAAACUGGGCAAAUGGGAGGUAUUGAUUGUAAUGGUUCAGGGAUAGUUACUGCUGACAGUGACUUGUGACUAUGUUGAAAGCUGGAUUUCAUGCUUCUAUGCAAAGUAAGUUUGUUACGUUUCCCCACUCCCCACUUUCAGUAAUGCAAAUGGGUCACCCCAAGCAGCUCCAUGUUGAAAUCCUUGAGGCAUGCCUAGUGUUUUUCACUGAGUUCAGCGAGUUGGGAAGAUUUAAAAUUUAGAGGAUUGGUGGGGCCUCCAAAGAGCAUGUGGUUUGGUUGAACCAUCUGGACUUGAUUUUUCCAGGGUAACAGCCAGUCCUCUUCUAAAUAGGUCAUUUUCCCUUGGCCUUUUUAAUUAUUAAAAUAAGCACCAGAAAUCAUUUUUACGUUUAGAUUAAAAAUUCCAUCUGUAAUGAAGGCACAGAGGAUCUUCUUUCUUUUCGUUUCCUGCAAUGAUGAAAAAUAACCUUUGCUUUUCUGACCUAUAUUUUGGCACUUAAGCUCUCAUGUGCUGCGAACAAAAUACCAGCUUGAAGGGGCACGAUGGUGCUUCCUCUUGUUGCGACUUUGCUUGAGAUGGAAGGAAAACCUUUGCUGCAUUUUCUAUGGGAGCCAGCCAUUAAUACACUGCAAAAGAUUCUGGAGGCAGUGAAGGCACAGAAGUAUUUGCACAUGUUGGCAAGAAGGUACAGCAUCGACUUAAGGGGGUAGCCUAGAUUGUGCCUUAAGAAAUCUGCGAAGCUUCCUGCAAUUGAAGGCACCACCCGAGUCUCUGCCCUCAUAGCAAAACACCCAGACUAGGACAUUAACAAGGGACACCCAAGUCUGCUGUGGGGAGGUACUAGCCAAGGCACCACCACUCCACACAACCCUUUAUAAACCACCUUAUAAGCAGAACCUAAAUCUUGUGACUGUUUUUGUGCUUUUAUUAGGCAUGGCCUUCAAGCCUGCUGUUCUUCAGUCACAAGCUUCACAUACAUUCAUACUUCAUUUAUAGCAGUAGCUUAAGCAGUUGUCUAGCUUGAUCAAGGCUUUGCACCACUGGAACUUGUUUUGAGGUUCCUUUACCGGAAUACGGCAACAGGAGUUGCAAGCUGUCCUCCUCUUUGCACAGCGGUUGAAGUCUCUGUUGAUCAGGCAUGAGGAGGCGGCCACUCCAUAUACUGGAGGGACAUCAGCUGGGGCCAAGGGGCGGUGCCAACACCAAGGUUCUGCUUUUUCAGGGCAAUUGUGGCAGGAAAAAGGCAAGUUUCAAGUCAAAAUUGCCUUCCUGAUACGGGAUCAUCCUCUGGGUAGAGUACAGGGCAGCGCUUGACCCGUUUUGUUUCAAGUGGGAAGGGACAAAGGUGAAUAAAUAACCACCAACUCACGGCGUUGGUUUCUGAAAGUACUUGUUUUGAGGAACAGCAUGGUGUGUUUUGAGCUGCCUUCUCCCCUGAGCCUAAUAUGACACAGCAGACGAGACUAAUGAGACAUGUAAUUAACAGUGGGUAUUCUAGCUCAGAACCUCCUUGCCUGCUGGCAUAGAAUAUUUCAGAAAGAUUUUUUUAUAAGACCUGACUUCCUCUGAUGUUAGUCUAUAUUAUUUGAGGGCAAUUGGUAGGGGAAGUAUGAAUACUGGGGUAGAAGGAUUUCAGAAAUGUCUAUCCUCACUUAAUUCACCCUCAUUGCAGCUAAUUUCUGUUGCCGUAGGGCUAGUAAAUGGUGUUAGUAAAAGAUCUAAUGGCAUUUUGUGGGGUCAAGAUUCUUCCAUUGCGAAGUACACUAGCUGGGGAGCCCAGCUCUCCAAGUCAUUUCAAGACCUGUUAAAGGCUGUAUGCCUGACACUAAUGAACAUUAUAACAGCUUAAUUCCAGUAUUGGGGAAUGGACUCUUGGUAAGUUCAGAUCAUGGAGGGCUAUGAGAAAGACUGGGCCUGGAUAAUGCAACCUGCUGUUGUUGCUUGUUCUCAUACCAGCCCAUUGGGGAAGGUGGUCAAAAACGUCUUGCUGAAAGGAAUGUUUACACAAUGUGUUCUGUGAAGCUGUGUACCAUUUGUGUUUAUUCCUCGUCGCCAAUACAAUCCUUAUAAUUCAGAAAUGUGCUGUGUUCUUAGAUGAAUUUCCCACAGCUCUGAUGUGUAUACAGUGGUACCUCGGUUUACAAACACAAUUGGUUCCGGAAGUCUGUACUUAAACUGAAGCGUACUUAACCUGAAGUGAACUUUCCCAUGGAAAGUAAUGGAAAGUGGAUUAAUCCGUUCCAGACGGGUCCGCGGAGUACUUAAACUGAAAAUACUCAAACUGAGGUAUGACUGUACAAAGUGGCCUAAGGAAGGGAAGGGAAAACUGCUCUGGCUUGAACACUUCGUAAAGAAAUAGUAAGAGAGAGACUCUAUGAGUAUUAAUACAGCUUGACAUAAACCCUGGACAAUACGCUGUUGGCUUCCAUGAGACUGUAGCUCUUUUCAGCUCCGCCUGGCAACGUGUGCCCACCAUACAAACAUCAUCAGGAUUUAUCAUCAAGCUCAUUUUGAUCAGUGGAAGAUGGGCCAUCCCACGAGUCCCAUUAUUAUAAACAUAUAAACCAACACAGCCUUCAUUCUUGGCGCGGUUAUUUCCUAGUCACAGCAAAGAGGAGGAAGAUGGAUCCUCUUCGAAGUGGGAGGAUGGUAUUUAUUCAAAUUGUGGAAUUAGUUUAUUUGCCCUUUGCCAACCCCAGGAAAUUCUCCUGCCCUUUACUAUUCCCAGAUGCUCCACCUAUGCUGCUCAGUGGGAAAGGAAGGUGUGGAGGGCCAUGGAAAUAGGCAGAGGGGGAGAGGCUUGGUGUCUAUUGAAUGGGGGGACAGGGAGAAAAGCUUUGCAGUGGCAAAGGUUUCAUUUUCAAAAUGUUUGAGCUACUGAAACAAUCUGAGGGGCCGAUUACACACAGGUGGCUUCUUAAGAACAGGAAAUGGCAAGAUUAUUCACCACAGAAUAAUGGGACAGCUCCAACCAUACUUCAGCCUCUUCUCCAAAAUAGCUUCUGCUGCGCUAAUUUUCCUCAGACUUCAACAGCAGGGACUGCUGAGGCCAUUAUGAUUUAGAGGUGUCUUGAGAGCACUGGCUUGCAAAGCCAAUCAUGCCCUCGAGACAGUUUGGUGAGGGAAAGAAGAGGUUGUCACAGUCACGUCAUGAGGGGAUCUCGGCAAAAGCUGCUACAUGGUCCAGCAAGUGUAAAUAACGACAAUCAGCAGCACGAGGGCCACCGAGAGGGCUGCGUUCCUGCGGUUUUCAUGGCGAAGCGCUUUCAGUUCUUUCUCUGAAAAAAGAAAAACAAGUGCUACUUUCGUCUCAAAAUCAACCACAACCUCUGUCUGGGGGAAAUCAAGUUUUCUUGCUCCAGUGUCUCGCCAUAUUAGUGAGCCUGAUAAAAACUGGAUUUUAGACCUCUCCCAGACAGCCACUCAUCUAAGACAGGCCUGUUCCAUUUCUUUCAGUGCCUCUACUGCUGUGGAACUGGCAGUAUUUAAGCCUUCUAAUGUUCUUUAAGCUAUUGCCUUAAACACACACACAUACACAUAGUAUGUGGUUGUGUUUCUCUAUUAUAAGUAGAUGAGCUCUCCCUCUCUCAGCUGCAUGCCUUACGUGCAGGUGGAUAACUCUUACAAACAGAAGCUGUGUAUUACAAGGCCUGACAUAGAAGAACAAGAAGCCUGGAUGAGGGGCACGACAGAGUCUAGAGGCCUUGUUAUAAAACACUGAGCUUUCAUUUUAUCUGUCUGCCUGAAAUUUUCGUAAAUUUUACAAAGGUGGAAUAAAAUCUCUCUUUUAGAGGGGGAAACGCAAGGUGCCUAAAAUAUCCAUCAACCUGACUUUUGCAAUCAGCCUGUGACUUUGGCUUAAUCCUGUUACGGAUAACUGGACAGCAGAAAAAGGAAAGCAGUUAUUGCACAACCACCAAAUGUGGUGCUCUCAUUUAACCCAUAGAAUGAUUGCAAAAGGACUUAGGCUGGCGGGAUCGCUUUGGUUUGUGAGAAUAAAAGUUCUGUCUCAGCAGCAUGCUCAUUGAAUUCGGAUCCCAGGCGGUUGAAAUGUAACUUUUUCUUAGUCCAGCUGCUUAGGAGGGUAGGAUAAGGAGCUUAAAGGAUAUUAACAAAUCUUUAUAUUCCUACUUAAGGUUCUUUAAGGAGGUCCACAAAUCUUUUUAGAGUCCUGCCUAAGGUUCUUAUAAAGCCUUGAGUUUUAAGCCUAGUUUUCAUAAACCUGCUUGCAGAAGAGUUCUGUAACUCAAAAUGCUUGCUAUGUAGUUCUAAAACAAUUACAUAGCGACAUGAGCUGGCUUUACUGACACAUACAAACAUUUUACUUCAAUCCACCUCUGUGUCAUUGAACGUAUUGAGCCAGUGGAAACCUGCUGCUUCGAAAGGAAUUACUAGUCGAGGCAGGAAAGUGCCCCUCUGCCUAACUACAUGACUAGUUUGAAUUAUGGGAUGAAAAACUGGUCUGAGGAACUGGAUGCAACCCUCUCGAUGUGCCUCUAGUCAGAAUGUGCCUCUCGCUGACCCUGCUCCAAUGUCUUAGCUGGAAUGCUGUUUUGAGCUGCCUUACUGCCUGGAUGAAGAUGUGUGUGGUGUGAAUUUCGUGUGGCUGGAAUGUAGCCUACUGUGCAAAGGUAAGAGUUUCAUUCAUUGCUUCUCCCAGUUUUGUCUCUGGCUUUGCCCAUCUGUGGCCCCAGCUGUUUGGCUAAAGAAGGCGGAGGGUUCCAGGGGAAUUUAUGUUGCUUGCCAGCUUCUACGCAACUGUUCCCAUCGUAGCCAUUCCCCAGACCUGAGGGCCCAGGCAAUGUAGGGCAUCUUAGCCUAGCCCUGCCUCGUGGGGUGGUGUGAGGAUGAAGUACUCUGCCCUAAAUUCCUUGGAGGAAAGGUAGGGUGUAAGUGUAACAUAAAGAAAGCUAGCUCCAGUUUGAGAGCCUACUCAAUAGCUGUGCCGCAGCUGCCUUGCUACACCAACCUUGGCCAAUCAAGCCUCUUCAGAGGCAAUUUCAGCACUUUCGUAAUUUCUACAAGAGGUUAGACCAUAGCGACUGCUUAUUUGACAACAGAAUCAUUGUCGCUGACUGCAGUGGCGGCAAAGGUCAGAGCACAGCUCGGCGUGCGACUGCCAGAGGAGUAUAAUUUUAAUGGAAAGUUUCAGGUGUUAAUACGACAGCUCAGGCGGAUGUCCCUUUGUAUUUGCUAGCUCCCUAGGGAGACAGCUUUAACUGAAAUGAGCCCAUUGCAUUAAAACGGGGCAGAAAGGUCUUCAGCCCUUGACUGGAGACUAGUUCUCACUGCAUCUAUGGUGCUCUUAUGGGGCACUGCUCCCUUCACUGACCGACUCUGCAUGUUGGCUAUUUAGAAACAGGAUCAAGUACAUCAGGAAGGCAGAGAAAUAUUUUAGAUCAGACAUUGGGAGGAAUUUUCCAGUUGUGCUUUGUGGCAGGGAGGUGGUGAAAUGUCUUUCCUCGUGAGUUUUUCCAAGUGUCUCUCAGAAAUCUAUCAUGGAUAAUAGUUUAACAACUUGGUCCUGAAGCUAGGCCACAUGAUCUCAUUUCUAACACCAGGGACCCAUUUCACCUGUUUAAGGUUUCCCUUAAAAUAUAAAAAGGGGAUAACUGCAGCCAAGUACAGCUCCCUAAAAAAGUUUACUUGCAUGCUACCAUGCACACACAUGCCAAUUUCAACCUUUAGGUGUACAACUUUGUGCAGUGCAAUGUGUGAAGUGGCUUUCUGAUAGACCUGGUCCUGAGGUUAUUUUCAAAUCCAGAGGGUGGGAGAGAUCUCUGGAGCAAAUGAGAUUUACAACAAGCCAGCAGGUGGCAGCACAACCUAAAGAGCUAAGGAUAGAUAGUGGGCUAAUGAAGCAAUUAUCAGGGCCUUUCCUGACCACAAGCAGAGAGAUAGAGCUUUGAAGUAGCUCUCAGCCAUAGUAGCACGACUAAUGGAAGGGAAGCAGUAGUCUUGCUGCAAGGAGGGCUUCCUCUCUGCACCCUUUCUUUGAGACAACUAAGAACAAAGUUUGCAACAUGGCGUAGCAGAAGUGCGAAGGAGCUUGCCGUACUAAGGUUUUGCUUUCUUGCAUUUUAAAAGGCCCUAGAAGUACAGUCAGAACCCCUCCAUCUCUAGCCAAGAAGCUAAGACAUUUUUUAAAAUCACAUGGGUGUGUGUGGAAUCCAUAGACAGGAAGUAUGUCACUCAGCCCCAGUGCUGAUAUGGCCAAUAGCCACUCUUGCUGUCACCAUAAUAUACACCAGGCAUCCCCAAACUGCGGCCCUCCAGAUGUUUUGGCCUACAACUCCCAUGAUCCCUAGCUAAGAGGACCAGUGGUCAGAUGUGAUGGGAAUCGUAGUCCAAAACAUCUGGAGGGCCGAAGUUUGGGGAUGCCUGAUAUACACGCAGCAAUUUCAAGUACGAUGUAUGCACUACUUGAGGAAAUGCAAUCAUGGAAUACUAAGGAUUGGAUGUUCAGGGAAUUGAGCAAAUAAGGGAGGGAAGAUACUUUGGUUCCUUUCCCCAGCAACCAAUAACCAUAUUCCUUGAUGCCAGGGCUUUUAAGUGGGGAUGGCAAUCUUUGUUUCUCACAAUUAGACUCUUAACUUUGCCCUUGCCUUUCCUUGCAGCUAUCCAUGCCAUUUCCUUUUUGCCCCAAGAUGCCAUGGGCCUACAUAAGGCAGGGUUUACAACCACAGUCUGAAAUGAACAGUCACUGUGCUGCUAAAUGGCCAGAGCCUCCUUGACCAAAGGCUUUAUCCGAACUCUUCGCCCCUGCCACAUCCCUGUCCCCCCGUCCCCCAUUAUUUCUGGUGCGUGUACAUUCCCACCCUUCUUCAAAGAUCCUACAAAAGCGAAUCCUUAAGGGCCAUCUUCUUAUCAAGAGGCUACUCUGCAUUUGAUGCAGAACGUAUUUAAUGGGAGUGCAAGCAACCUUUCACCAGGGGGCACCCAGAACUUGGAAGUCUAGCAAUUGCAAAAUUGCUUCCUCUUUUGUACACCAAACAAAUCAAGGCCUGAAGAAUUACAUCAUAUAUCAGCCAACCCAGCAAAAUGGUUAACGAAGCUAUCGGCUCUCUCAAUGAACAAGAGAAAUGUCAAGAUCUGACAAAUUGUUUUGCAUUCUUAUUAGUAAAAAGCAGGAUUUCUUUCAGGGUGUGUAGGAUUUGGCCUUACUGUGUCUGAAAGAGGGUUAUAACCUUGGUUUUAUAAGGCUCCAUUUCAGGGAAAUUCUCUAGUUGAACGAUGCAGAUUUUUAACUGUAUUUGUGUGUGAUACGUUCAGCAAAUUCUAAAAAUCAAAAUCACCUUGGAAAAGAGGCUAAAUGCACUAGUGGCAUUCAGUGAACAGUAAACACUAAAGUUAAGAGGAACAGCACCUGUUCUGGGCAACUGCAAAAGGUCCAAGCUGCACUUGAGUUUAGAGUAACUUUUCCCCUGGAGCAGUGUAGUGGGUUGGGAGUGUCUGAGCUGGGAGACAGGAAGUGCCUGCUUCAAAUCUAACCUUGGCCAUGCAUUUGCUAGGUAACCCUAGGCAAGCAAACGCCAUUUAUCUGCAGUCAUUCUCCACCUCAACCCCCCAAAUGCAACCUGUUUUAUGAUCCACUUGCCCUGUUUUUAUUUACCCAUUGCUUUUCUGCUUUCAUUUUAGGUACCUUUUCAAGCUGAAAUAGUAAACAUCCUUAAUUUACACUCUUUAAAUGGAAAUGUAUAUUCUUGCAAAAAUUAGGGGUUUUACUGCAGAAUUCUAAUACAUAAAUUCUGGCAAGGAGUGCUUGAACUCUGUUUCGGAAUGUAUUUAUGAUCUCUGCAUUAAAAAACAAUUUUCCCUGAGUGUAUGGGCAGUUGAAUGAAUUACUUUAGUUUCAUAGCUCCUCCCCCUCGUGAGUCUGUGAAUUAAUGGUAUGUCUUUGGGGAAAGCAGUUUCUAAAGUUACUCAUUCCUUACCAUAAUUUUCAGCUUUGGUUGCUAGCAGAUCUCUCUCUCUUUCCAGUGAGUUUCUGCAAAUAUGUGAGAAUGAUUAUUAGAUAUUCUGAAAGUUGUGCAGUGAAAUAAAAUCUUCCCCAUGGCUGGCUGAGAGGGUACUCUGACACUUAGACCUUAAGGCCUCUGUAGUUAUCACAAACUGUGUCCAGACUGUAUCACAGGCAUCCCCAAACUGCGGCUGUCAUGAAGUGCCAAAACCUUGGUUCUUUUGCAGUGCAAGCUGGGAGAAUUUUGCAAAGAACUCUGGGGUUUUGCGCUGGGAAUGUGUCCUUUUUACCUUAAGGAAACUGGCCUGAGAACGGAAUUCACACUCCCUCAUUCUCCCUUUGAUGUAGAUGGUGAUUGUAGGAGGUUACAGCUGGGAAACAGUUUGUUUAGAGUAAAAGUGUCCUGUUAAGAAGACCAUUGCUUUCACAUGCGGAAGCUAAAGGCUGAAGGCCAUUUGUAAUGUAAAUCACCUGGUGGCCUGGAGAGUGUCUCUUUUGAGUGACAUCUCUAACGGUCAGCUAAAUCCUGAUGGGUUAAUUUGUUGAUUGGCUAUGUGCCUUUGUUCCCGUGUGGGCUUACUUUCACCCCCUCAGGGAAGUCUAAAGGAUAAGUUCGCUGGCUGGCUCUGGCAGGUUGCCCCUGCCUGGUUUUGCCAUGUCUUUCCGCUGACCGUCUGGAGGGGAAAUGGCUCAACAUGUGAAUCUUUGCCUGUGGCUGCGUUCUGCCUAUGGAAACCACACAGCCCCGUUAUCUACUGAGUGUCUAAGUAUUAGUAAGUUUUGUUGUUUUACUUUUGUAACCUUCCUUUUGCUGAGAACUGUUUUAUGCUUUAUGCUUUAUGUCUAUGCUUAUGCCUAUGCUUGGUUGUUUAACCUUUUUACUUUAAUAAAUAGCCAAAUGCA